AUGCUGCCUUGCCUCGCCCUGCUUCUCCUAAUGGAGCUGUCCGUGUGCACUGUGGCAGGUGAUAGUGGAGAGGAACAGACACUCAGCACUGAAGCAGAGACCUGGAUAACUGUGGCCUUGGAAGAAGGUGCUGGCCCCAGCAUUCAGCUCCAGCUGCAGGAGGUGAAGACGGGCAAGGCAAGCCAGUUCUUUGGGCUGAUGGGGAAAAGCCUGUCCACAGAAGGCAGAGAGGAUGAGGCCCAAGGUUCAGAGUAA